AUGGCCUCUAACGACAACGUUGCUCAUGCCCUCGCCGGUGCCGGCGGUGGUGCUCUCUCAAUGGUCGUCACCUAUCCUCUCAUCACCCUCUCCACCAGAGCCCAAACCGAAUCCCGACGAUCCAAGAAGGAACAGGCCGAUGCUGCCCAGCGUGCAGGCAGCGCCACUGCUGCCGAGGACGAGGCCAGUGUCAAGAGACCUACUAGUGCCCUCGAGGCUGCUCGCCAAAUCAUCCAAAGAGAAGGUGUCUCCGGUCUUUACUCGGGACUUGACUCUGCUCUUUUUGGCAUCUCGGUAACCAACUUUGUCUACUACUACUUUUAUGAAGGUACCCGUUCUUUCUACGAGACCUCCAAGCGCAAGGCCGGCAAGAGCCUUAACCUUUCCACUCUCGAGUCCAUGGCUGCCGGUGCCAUUGCCGGCUCAGCAACUGUGGUUCUCACAAACCCCAUUUGGGUCGUCAACACCCGUAUGACUGUCAAGGAGAACUCAGUCAAGGACCCCAAGACUGGUAAGAUCCGCACCCCAGGCACCCUUGAGACUGUCGCCAAGAUUAUCCGUGAGGACGGCUUCAAGCCCUUCUUUGCCGGCAUUCUUCCUGCUCUUGUCCUUGUCAUCAACCCCAUUCUCCAAUACACUAUCUUUGAGCAGAUUAAGAAUACCAUUGAGAAGAAGCGCAAGCUCGGCCCAAUCGACUUCUUCCUCAUUGGCGCCAUUGGCAAGAUCUUUGCCACAUCCAUCACCUAUCCCUACAUCACCCUCAAGUCCCGUCUCCAACUCAAGCAGAAGGACGGCAAUGCCACCAACUCCAGUCUCAUUGGUGGUCUCAUCCAAAUCAUUAAGAAUGAGGGUGUCGGUGGCCUCUACGGUGGUAUUGCUACCAAGGUUACCCAGUCUGCCAUUACUUCGGCCUUCCUCUUCUUGUUCAAGGAGCAGCUUUAUGCUAUUGCCGUCAUUUUCUUGACCUUUAUCCGCAAGAUUAAGCUUAGAAAGUAA